UAGGGAUUUACAGCGCGACCGCUCCACUCUUGGAGAUGCUGCAGCCAGUGAUGUCAAUGCGAAUUAUUUUCAACGCUUCAACCGACUAAGCUGCAUUUCAACAGGACCCUAGCGACGAGCUCAAUGUUCCGCGCCUUAUUCAACAGUUAGACUCGUUAACCUGCAGCUGCAUGGGCCCGGGGCUGUAAAAAAAAAAAAAAAAAACUGCCUCACAUCCCCGACGUCCUGUUACCGACAGAAACCCGAUCGGCCCUUAGACCACCAAGUCCCUGCAUACCCGCCAUGUCUGCAUCCAACGUCUUCGCCAGCUCACUACGAGCUUGCAGAGUCGCCGCCAGGCAAACUGCAGCUCGUGUACCCGCUCCUCGCACCUCCGGCAGCUUCUUGGCGACUGCACGGCCCGCGCGAGUCUCCAGGCAGCCAACGACAUUCAGCCUAGCAAAGAGAUCUCUCUCUACGACAGCAACCAGGAUGCAUGGCCAUGUAACUCCACCAAAGCCUGGUGAAGAGCUCUACAUUACCUUUAUAGACAAGGAUGACAUGGAGCACAAGCUAGCAGUUUCCGCCGGCGAUAAUCUCCUCGACAUUGCCCAAGCGCACGACCUUGAGAUGGAGGGAGCUUGCGGAGGCUCUUGUGCCUGCUCGACAUGUCAUGUCAUAGUUCUGGAUGACAAGUACUACGAUGCGAUGCCGGAACCUGAGGACGACGAGAACGACAUGCUUGAUUUGGCUUUUGGUCUUACCGAGACGAGCAGGUUGGGUUGCCAGGUUACCAUGACCAAGGCGCUGGACGGAAUGAAGGUCAAGUUGCCAUCGAUGACGAGGAAUCUUCAGGCGAGCGAUUUCAAAUAGAGGAGAGAAAAAGGGAAAGAAAUUUAAUGAGAUGUGAACCGAGGUUCACAUAUGUAUACCAUGAUACCAGGAUUUGGGAUCUCUUCGGCAUUCAGAGCUGUAAUUAUAGACCAUCGCAUUGCAAGUGUACACGCUUGCGGACGAGCUUUGUACCAUAUAAACACAUCCCAUCUUCAAUGACCUGUACAAAUCACAAAAGCAGCAGACUGUGACGCCAA